CUCUGUACCCCUGAUAUGUUCAUGAAUUUGAAGUGGUCCUAUCAUGUCACGAGGCAGAUCACAAAUUGUAUCAAAGUGACUUCAAUGCAUGUACUGUCUAGUGGGCGAGCAGACUACUCUGGAAACGUCAGCUGAUGGUGGUGUCACAUUAAAUCCGUCGUCGUUGUCGUGGUCGGUACUACUCGGUGGUGAAAUUAGUUGAUCGCGUCUCCUUCCUGUUACCAAUCAGCCUGCCAUCCGCGAACAUUUUAUGCUAGCAAUAUUGCGGUUAUCCCUGCUUAAGAAAAAAUUAUAUUCUACGGAAAGUACUUGCACAGGUUAAGUGCCUACAGUAGAUUGCCUUCCACCAUGGAUGAUAAUCCCCUUCGUCGGAAGAGUCCAGCUGUGAAGCGGCUGAUGAGAGAAGCACAGGAACUUCAUCAGCCAACUGAAGAUUAUUUUGCACAACCAAUGGAAGACAACCUCUUCGAGUGGCAUUUCACAGUCCGAGGUCCUGCAGACACAGACUUUGAACAGGGGAUUUACCAUGGCCGAAUCCUCUUGCCUCCUGAGUAUCCAAUGAAACCUCCUAGUAUCAUCAUGUUAACACCAAAUGGGAGGUUUGAACUGAACAAGAAGGUAUGCUUGAGUAUCUCAGGUCACCACCCUGAGAGUUGGCAGCCAUCUUGGAGCAUCAGGACAGCUUUGCUAGCAAUCAUUGGAUUCAUGCCCACCCACGGUCUUGGUGCCAUUGGCUCCCUGGAUUACACCCCAGAAGAAAGGAAGCUUCUUGCCAAAAAGUCUCGAGAGUGGAAGUGCCCAACAUGUGGUCCCAUGACUUCUCAUCUUCUUCCCCGGACAGCAGCAUCCCGGACAUCCAGCAUGCAGCAGGAAAUCUCGGAUAUCGUUUCUCACCUCACCUUCACUGAACCCAAAGAGAAUAAGGUAGCUGGGGACCAAGAUGGAGAAGGACAGCAAGAAAAAGCUGAUCUUGUGAAAAACGAGGAAGGAACAGAAUCUAGUCAGGCAUCCAGUCAAUCCUCUUCUCAGGAUUCUCCUCCACUUGUCAGGCAGCGCCAAGUAGAGAGAUCCAUUCCUCCCAUGCAAGCUGAAGGCCAGCCAUCACGAGCAAGACACAACAAUAACAACAAUACAUUGUCCAACAUGCUUAUAUGCCUUCUCUCAACAGCCAUAAUUUGCCUCAUGCUACGACGGAUCAUAAUGUCUGUCUUGCCAGACUUUGAAAGCACAGCCUCACAACAUCUCUGAAUGAGGUCAUACUAUGAUUAUCUUUGGGUUUCCAUGCAGUGGUGGCACCUUGUGUUUGGGAUGGUUCUUUCCUUUAUCUUUCUAAAUACUGAGCAUUAUAUGCAGUCUUUGUUUUAUUUUUAUCUCUCCUGACCUGUACUGUGCUGAGGGCUUGCCUGUGGUUUUCUUGUGUGUAAUGGCUUCGAACUUCGAAAAUUGGAUGACAGGUAAGCAUACCCUGUGAUAUUGGUUCAUCUUGGAACAUACAAUAUUGGCAACUAGAAUAGUUGACUGAAACCUUAGAGUAUUAUUUUAAAUUUUUUCCAACAUUGAUCUUAGUUUUGGAGGCAUUACCUGUAUUUGGGUGCAUUGCAGGCUUCAAGAAGACUGAAAUAUUUCUAACUUGUAUGGAUUUGAGGGGUUUCCCAUUCCUUUGUGUGCUGGGUGUGCUCUAUGAGUUUUUGUCUUCUCAAAAUGCCCUAUUUUGCACAGUUUUGAACUGGUGAAUGAAAGUCUUGUGCAGCAGUGAUUGUGGGUUCCUCUGAAUAAAUAUUCACAUAUUUCCUUGGUAAA